GUUGGGGUUUGAAUUGUCCUCUGAAAGCAGCGGCAGAUGACAGCAGCUUGUUGCGCUCGCAAAUAUUGCUAGUAAGUUUGUGAGCGAGCCACUUCACACCACCCUAAAACAGCUUUCUGCACUAUCGUCGACUGAAAAUGUCGAAAAAACAGAUUUACUAUUCUGACAAGUACAACGAUGAGGAGUUUGAGUACAGGCAUGUUGUGCUUCCAAAGCAGCUGUCUAAACUGGUGCCCUCCUCCCACCUGAUGACAGAAGAUGAGUGGAGGGGACUCGGGGUGCAACAGAGCCAGGGCUGGAUUCACUACAUGAUCCACAAACCAGAGCCACACAUACUGCUUUUCAGAAGACCUCUACCAAAGGAUUAAAUGGGAACCAUCUGUAAAAUGCCUGCUAUCAUCUUUGCUGAUUGGUAUUGUCUUUGGACCAUACAUCUCUCCUACAUACAUCUCUACAUAUGUUCUAAUGUAUUGUAAAGAAAACCCUUAGUUGUAUUGUGUUUUUUGUCCAUUCAAACUCCCUCAAUUUUUAGAGGUAAUGAGAGGCAAAUGGCUUGAUUCCACUGUGAAUGAUAACCUUAUAAACCAUAUUUUACAUUUUAAUACAUUUUUUUAAAAAUGUCUUUGGAUGCCAUUUUGUUAUGAUUGAUUUUAUUUAGUGUGGUCAUACAGGCAUAGUAUUUUAUUUUUCUCCAGCCCACAAUUUUCCCAAAAGAGCUUUCUGUGUUUGAACAUUUCCUGUUCUUUAAACUUAUGUUUGUGUUGUGUACAUAAUAUUAUUUCUAGAUAUUAUAAACUUUGACAGUGAGUCAUGGUGGAUUCAAAAAGUUCUUUGUUGCUGAAAGAACAAAAUAAAAUGUACUUCUUCGCA